GAGAACGGCAGAAUACAUUAUUUGCAACACCACGACUUUCGGGAGCGUGGUGGAGAAGAAUAUGGUGGACGUAACGGUGAAGGUGGACAAGGCCACGCUGCGGAAGGAGCUGGAGAAGGCCAAAAUGCACAAGGAGCUGAAGUUCAAAUACGUGGAGGACCCAACGAUCUUGAGGAUCGAACCUGAGUGGAGCAUCGUCAGUGGAAACACACCUGUUACGGUUUGGGGUACCAACCUGGAUCUCAUCCAGAACCCUCAGAUACGGGCCAAGUAUGGCGGGAAAGAACACAUCAAUGUCUGUGAAGUUCAGAACGAGACGGAAAUGGUCUGCCAGGCGCCGGCCUUGACGGUGGACACUAGCAACCAGUCCGACCUCGCCGAGCGGCCGGAUGAAUUCGGCUUUGUCUUGGACAAUGUCUUCUCCUUGCUGAUCCUCAACAAGACCAACUUCACCUACUACCCAAACCCCGUCUUUGAGGCCUUCGGUCCCCCCGGGAUCUUGGAACUGAAGCCUGGGACCCCUCUGAUCUUGAAG